AUGGGCUUUCCGUCUAAAUGGUGUUCGUGGAUAUAUGGGAUUUUGUCAUCGGCUAGAGCGGCUGUGCUUAUUAAUGGAGCUCCAACGUUUGAAUUCAAAUGCGGUAAAGGAAUGCGACAAGGUGAUCCUAUUUCUCCCUUCUUAUUUUUACUCGCUAUGGAAGGUUUUUCGUGUUUGGUUAACAACGCGACUUCCUCUAGCUCACUCUCGGGUUUGAGGCUGCCUAAUGAGGGACCGAUUAUAUCUCACUUAUUAUACGCCGAUGAUUGCUCUUUUGUGGGGGCAUGGUCGAUGGGACACAUCUAUAAGGUCGAGAGAAUUCUUAGAGUUUUUUAUUUAUGUUCUGGACUAAAAAUCAAUCUAGGAAAAUCCAAUCUCUUUGGGAUCGGAGUAGACAACAAUGAAGUUAAAAUGGCUGCAAAAUUGUUCAAAUGUAAAGAAGGGACUCUACCAUUUAAAUAUCUUGGUCUACGAAUUGGUGGAAAUAUGAAUCGUGUUUCCAGUUGA